AUGCAGCAGUGGCGCAAGCUCGAUGAGCGACCGUACCUGCUUGAGGGCGCAAGCAAGCCUGAGAGUAUACCCGCCAGCAGUCCAGUCGCCGCUCCGCCGUCAGAGAAUGGAGAAGCGGGCCAUCAUGGGAUACCAUUCGCGAAUGACUUUCUGCUCAGCGACUCCGAGAACACGGAUCUGAGCAGCGGGUCAGAAGAUGAUGAGGACGGAUCCCGUGGAUUGUCUCGACCGAGGAAGCGUCUUAAGCUCGAGACGGAAGAUCUGGGGUUGGACGACGAGGAUCUGGAAGAGUACACCCCGCCGACGCUCAACCAGGAGGAGUAUGAUAAAAUCCAGGAGGAGUUGAGGGACUUCAUGGGCAGUGAUAUGGAGAGUGGAGAGAGUGAUACGGAGAGCGUGAGGAGUGAGUUGAGUGUACGGAGUCGGAAGCGGCGGAGGGUCGGUGAGGACGAAGAGGUUGUCACGAGUAAUUCGUCGACAAAUGGGGUCGGUGGAUCGAGGUUGAAGGUUGCUUCGACGCCGAAUCAUCCCAGCCCGAGCGUGUUGAAUGAAAGUUCGGCUACGACGACGGCAUCAGCGGCGAAUCCUGGCACGUCCUCACCAGCUUCGGGAGAUGAAGAUCGUCUCGAAAACGACCGCAUAGCCGAAGACCAGGAGGCAGCAGAAGCACGAGAUAGGCAUGAGCAGGAAGUGGAAAGUGAUAGUGAUGACGAAGAGCAGCGGGAGCUGGAAGCGAUGCUGGAAGGUGGGAGUGAUUGGGAUGGCUCUGAUAACGAGGAUGGAGACUUGGAGGGUUUGGGAGGGGCUUAG